AUGCCCACCGCCUGUUCACCCAAAUUCUGGAAAGGGAGCAGCCUGGAGUCAGCCUAUCGCAGGAGCCAGCAUUAUUUCGCGAAAAUCGGAAGACCAGAUGACAAAGACCGGUUUGUCGGAGAAGCGGAAUCGCUGAAGGCCAUGUAUGCGGCAGCUCCAGGCCUGGUGCCGAGGCUGCUGAGCUGUGGUGUCAUCGACAACGAAAAUAAGGAACGCGAUGUCGACGUCGGGCGACCUUAUUUUCUAUCGGAAUACAAAGACAUAGGGCCUCUCUCCAGCUCCGCUGCCAAGAUCCUCGGAAAGCGAGUUGCUACGGAACUCCACGCGUACGAGAGUAAGGACAGAUAUGGCUUUCACGUCCCCACAUAUUGUGGUGCCACACGACAAGAUAAUGGGUGGUUCAACACAUGGCCAGAAUGUUUUGAUGCACUCAUCGGCGGCCUUGUGGAAAAGCUCAAGGCACAAGGGGGUUAUGAAAGCCUCUGCGAGCAAGUAGAAAAGGUCAGGGAACGGGUGAUCCCUGCUCUGUUAGAUCCCCUCGACAUUCUACCUGUACUACUUCAUGGUGACUUAUGGAGCGGCAACACAGGGAUUGAUCGAUCCACUGGAGAACCCGUGAUCUUCGACCCGUCAUCGUACUACGGCCACAACGAGGCAGACUUAGCUAUCGGCCGCAUGUUUGGGGGGAUCCCUGAGUCGUUCUAUACUACAUAUCACGAGUACCUGCCCAAGUCCGAGCCGAGAGAAGAAUAUGGUCUCCGCCAGGAUUUGUACCAGUUAUAUCACUACCUCAACCAUACCGUUCUGUUUGGUGGCGGAUACGCUGGCAGCGCUCGUAGCAAGAUGGAUAAGCUAUUGAGAACUAUUCCAGGCGCAGAGAAGUGA